UAGUCCCCAGCUUAUGCUAUCUCCACAUAAACCCAGCAAUGAUAACGAGCGAUUCAGCCAACGGUUGGGUCUUCUUUAUUCCCGGAAAUCCUCGUCUCCGUCAAUAGUGAAGCCUGUUUUGGAUGCCUAGAGCCAUUCACCAUUACCAGUGUCAACGACUCCAACAAAGUCAUUCUGUCAAUGCUCUCGAUAUUGCUAUAAGUCAGCACCCUCCCAGUGAAAACAUGGUCACUUGUCCAUCGAUUUCCAUCCCCGCAAUUCCUUACCUCCAUAUUUAUUUAUAUCAACUCAAUACUACAUCGCAACGACCAGCAAUGCUGUGCUAUCGCAAAGGCACCUGGACCGAGGAAGAAGACAGCAUCUUACUGAGCAUCGUAAAUGCUUGUGGACCCUGCCAUUGGUUUCGAGUCUCGGACAUGUUAGGCACUCGAACAGCCAAGCAAUGCGCCGAACGAUACUAUCAGCACUUACGACCAGGUCUCAACCAUGGACCGCUCACCAGCUACGAGUGUUUCCUGAUAGAUAAGAUCAUCCUCGAGAAAGGGAAGUGCUGGGCAUACAUCGCGAAACAACUUGUGAAUCGCAGUGAGAACAAGAUCAAGAAUUGGUGGUACAGUCGACGAUAUAAGCAAUAUCGUGAGCGAAGGGGCAAAGAGCUUGAUGUGAGAUAUCCUCCAUCAGAUCUCGAGUCUUCUGACAUUGCGCGUUUGGUGGACGUUCCCAGUGGUCAAGGGGUGACGAAAGUAUCUCCAUCCUCGAUGAAUUUCGACACUACAGUAUUGGAACCUCGAAGUGUCCAGAGAUACGAUCGGCAGUUAAGUCCCAAGGAGUUUUUCCUUCCCCAAUCUACACCCAGGGCUUCGCAGAACCGAAAUAUCUCAUUCAGGUCAAUUAUUUCGACGAUGGAUUUUCAGAACGCUGGGAAUGCAGACAGGAUGUCCAAGGUCCAAGCACACAUGCAUGCCUUACCUACAUCCGCGUUCAGCCAGCUCGGAUCUUUCACAACCCUGGGACCAAAUCAUCACACAGCUCAAUAUACCUUCCCCAGAUAUAAACUCAAAUAGCAAGCAGCCUCAAGCCCUGUCCAUAUGUAGGAGACCAAUUCAUGCUUGAAGUUCUAGUUGCUCAUGCUCGAAAAAAUGGUCUGUGCAGCCGGAUAUGACCUUCUAUUCUCCUCUCGUUCUCUGAGCUGAGUCAACGCUAUGUCAUGCGGAUCCUACGCCGGGUAUACACACUACUAUGCUCAUGCCUGUUUGGGUGCCGAGACAAAAAGCCUCGUUUCAUGUGAUAGACUUUAAAUUACGGGUGUUACAGUCAAGCUUCGUCGUUGCCGUGUCGCAAAGUUCAAGUCUCCCGUCCUGCAAUAGACUUUCGUCACGAG